CCCACACGCUGCAACUACUGAAGCCUGCGUGCCUAGAGCCCACGCGCCACAACAAGAGAAGCCACUGCAAUGAGAAGCCCGUGCACUGCAAUGAAGAGCAGCCCCUGCUCACCACAACUAGAGAAAGCCUGAAUGUAAUGAAGACCCCCCCACACACAAAAAAAAGACUGGGAGAGGUGGCUAUUUUAUCUAAUGUACAGAAGCCAACACAGAGAGUCAAGGAAAAUGAAGAAACAGAGGAAUAUGUUGCAAACAAAAGAAUAAGAUGAAACUCCAAAAACCUUAAUGAAAUGGAGAUAAAUAAGUUCCAAAUAUUGGUCAUAAAGAUGCUCACCAUGGUCAGGAGAGUAAUGCAUGAAUAACGUGAGAAUUUCAGCCAAAACACAGAAAAUAUAAGAAAGAAUCAGAAAUCAGAGCUGAAGAAUACUGAACUGAAAAAUGUAAUAGAGGGGUUCAAUGGCAGACCAGAUCAUGGGAAAGAAAGGACCAGCAAACUCAAAAAGAGGGCAGUGGAAUGCAUCCAGAGAACAAGAAAAAAAAAAGAAUGAAAAAGAGUGAAGAUAGCUUAAGGGACCUAUGGGAUACCAUCAAGCAGACUUGAUACUUGCAUUAUAGAGGUUCCAGAAGGAGAAGAGAGAAAAAAGAGUCAGAAAGCUUAUUCAAAGAAAUAAAGGGUAAAAUCUUUCCUAAGCAGGAAUCCCAAAGGGUUCCAAAUAAGAUGAAUUCAAAGAGCCCCACAAACUUUGCUGUACACUGGAAACUAACACAACAUUGUAAAUCAACUAUACUCCAAUAAAAAUUUUUAGAAAAACAAAAAUACAAAGCCCCAGGGAAUUCCCUGGCGGUUCAGUGGUUAAGACUCCGUGCUUCCACUGCAUGGGGCACAGGUUUGAUCCCUGGUUAGGGAACCAAGAUGCCACAAGCCACAGGGCAGGGCCAAAAAAAAAAAAAAAAAAGAGCCCCACACUGAGACACAUUAUAAUUAAACUGUCAAAACAAGGAGAGAAUCUUAAAAGCAGCAAGAGAAAAACUUGUUAUUUACAAGAGAACCCCAUAAGACUACCAGGAGAUAUUCUGCAGAACUUUUGCCGGCCAGAGAGGAGUGACACAAUAUAUUACAAGUGCUGAAAGAAACCAAGAAUACUCUACCUGGCAAAGUUGUCUUCAGAGUGGAAGAAGGGAUGGAGUUUUUCAGACAAGCAAAAGCUGAAGGAGUUCAUCACUACCAGACCAGACUUACGAGGAAUGUUAAAGGGACUUCUUCAGGCUGAAAUGAAAGGACACUAUUUAGUAACAGGAAAACAUGAAAGCAUAAAGCUCACUAGUAAAUGUAAAUACAGAUGGUCCCUGACUCACAAUGGUUCAACUUAAUGGUUUUUCAAUUUUAUGAUGGUGCAAAAGUGGUGUGCAUUCAGUAGAAACCAUUCCAAAUUUUGAUCUUUUCCUGGGCUACCAAUAUACGGUACGAUACUCUCUUAUCAGCCACAUGAUCACAAGGGUAAACAACUGACACACUUAAAACCGUUCUGUACCCAUACAAUCAUUCUGUUUUUUACUUUCAGUAUUCCAUAAAUUACAUGAGAUAUUCAACACUUAUUAUUAUAACAUAGGCUUUGUGUUUGAUUUUGCCCAACUGUGGGCUAAUGUAAGUGUUGUGAGCACAUUUAAGGUAGGCUAGGCUAAGCUAUGAUUUUCAGCAGGUUAGGUGUUUUAAAUGCAUUUUCAAAUUACAACAUUUUCAAUUAACGAUGGAUUUAUCAGGAUGUAACCCCGUCAUACAAUGACCCAUGGCCAUGUCUGCCUGCUACUAAGUAAGAGGCAUUCCUAUUACAGAUCAAGGAGGACUGGAGAAAGAAAGCACAGAUCUGUACAGGGUUGCACUGCAGUUGUCAAUCUGAGUGUUCUCAAUUUGGUCAUCAUAAAAAAAAAUGGGGAGAAGGAUAUUCCUGGACUCAUUAAUACUACUGUGCCUUGUCACCUGGGGCCCAAGAGAGUUGGUGGAAUCCAGAAACUUUUCAGUCUCUCUAAAGAAGAUAGCAUUUGCCCAUAUGUUGAGAGAAAGCCCUUAAACAAAGAAGGUGAGAAACCUGGGACCAAAGCACCCAAGAUUCAGUGUCUUGUUACUCCACAUGUUGUGCAACACACACAUUGGUGUAUUGCUCUGAAGAAACAGUGUACUAAGGAAAAUAAGGAAGAGGCUGCAGAAUAUGCUAUGCCUUUGGCCAAGAGAAUGAAGGAAGCCAAAGCAAAACGCCAGGAACAGAUUGCCAAGAGAUGGAGGCUGAUGUGUCUGAGAGUUUUGACCUCUUAAGUCUUGAAUCCAGUCAAAAAUGCAAUGUUCUACAAGUAAUGAAUAAAUAAGAUCAGACAUCAGAAAAAAAUUGUAUAGAACCACAAAAGACCCUGAAUAGCCAUAGCAAUUUUGAAAAAGAAAAAGCUGGAGGCAUCCCUCUUCCUGAUUUCAAACUACAUUUCAAAGCUAUAGUAAUCAAAACACUAUGGGUUGGCAUAAAAACAGACAAUAGAUCAAUGGAACAAUAUAGAGCACAGAAACAAACUCAUGCACAUAUGGUCAAUUAAUUUAUGACAAAGGAGCCAAGAAUACACAGUGGGAAAAGGAAGGUUGGGAAAACUGGACAGCCAAAUGCAAAAGAAUAAAACUGGACCACUAUCUUACACCAUACAUAAAAAUCAACUAAAAAUGGAUUAAAGACUUGAAGUUAAGACCUGAAACCAUAAAACUCCUAGAAGGUAACAAAGGUAAGCCCCUUGACACUAGUCUUGGCAAUGAUUUUUUAGAUUUGACCAUAAAAACAAAGGUAACAAAAAUAAAAAUAAACAAGUAAGACUACAUCAAACUAAAAAGCUUCUGCACAGCAAAAGAAACCAUCAACAAAAUGAAAAGGCAACCUACAGAAUGGGAGAAAAUAUUUGCAAAUCUUAUAUUUGAUAAGGGGUUAAUAUUUUUAAAAUAUGAAUUCAUUCAACUCAAUAGCAAAAAUCAAACAAUAUGAUUUAAAAAUGGGCAGAGGAACUGAAUACUUUUCCAAACAAGAUAUACAAUGGCCAACAGGUACAUGAAAAAGUGCUUAACAUCACUAAUCAUCAGGGAAAUGCAAAUCAAAACCACAAUGAGAUACCCCAAUACAUCUAUUAGAA